UAUAAUUAUCAGUUCAACUAAGCGCUACAACAAGACCUAGACUACUUACUCUAUUUGCAAAACGAAGAAGACUGAACUGAGGCCAUUCAAUAGGAACAGUUUUGGUCAAUAAUUCCAGUUGGAUGCAAACAACAACAUGCCCAACGAAGGAACCACCAUAAAACGUAGUGCAGUUACACCAAAUGCCCAGUACGGCAUCCACAAGUUUGGAUACAUUCUGGGAAAGACUCUCGGAAGUGGAGCCUAUGCUAAAGUCAAAACUGCCACUUCAUUGAAGAAGGGAGGAAAUGAGGUAGCCGUGAAAAUAAUCGACAAGAGGAGUGCUCCCAAAGAUGUAGUGUCCAAAUUUCUACCAAGAGAGGUUGAAGUUUUGAAAAUACUGGACCAUGACACCAUCAUAAAGCUGAUCGAUGUGAUUGACACUCCUGACACAAUGUAUUUGGUGAUGGAGCUGGCUUCCUCAGGAGAUCUUUUGGAUUUCAUCAACUCUAGACGAUACUUGUCUGAGCGAGUGGCAAGAAAUCUCUUCAUUGACCUUGUAAAUGGGAUUGAAGUCUGUCACUCAAUGAAUAUAGUUCAUCGUGAUCUUAAGUGUGAGAAUCUUCUUCUCGAUGGCCAACUCAAGUUGAAGAUCUCAGAUUUUGGAUUCGCUCGUAAAACUGAAGGGAAGAACCUCGAGACUUAUUGUGGAUCUUAUGCAUAUGCUGCCCCGGAAGUAAUCCUUGGACAGCCCUAUAUGGGAGAAGCUGCUGACGUGUGGAGUAUGGGAGUAGUGCUGUUUGCAAUGCUGGCUGGAAAACUCCCAUUCAAAGAUUCUGAUGUGAAAACACUCUUGGCUGAGAUUUCAUCUGUCUUGGUGUAUCCCAGUCGACUCACUGGGGAAGUAAAAAGUCUCGUCUCCAAGAUGUUGACCUUCACUCCUCACGAGAGGAUCACAGUAGCUGAAAUCCAGACCCAUCCGUGGAUGAAGAUGCCUACUCUCCCACUGACAUCAAGAGACGGGAAAAAGAAGACGACUAAAGACAAGAAGCAAGGAUCAUCGUCUAGCAAAGAACCUCCAAAAGUAGAAGUGGAUCGACCCAAUACUGCUGCAGCAAGCUCAGCCCAACCACCCUCGGAAUCAUCUGGAUCUACAGCAGUCUGAUGGACCUCCACUCCAGGAACAAAUAGGAGUCUAAUGAACAGUUUUAGGCUAGCUAGAUAGCAAUUUUUUAUAAAAAUUAUUAAGCAAUCAUUAACAUAAUGUUGCAUGUUUAGU